AUGUAUGCACAGUUUAGGAGCUUGGGCUAUGGUCGUCUAGAAAAAGUUUGGCCGACCCUCAAUCCUACAUUCUGGAGGAAGGGGAGUAGUGCUGCUUUCUGGACUCACGAGUGGAACAAAUAUGGGAUUUGUUCAAACUCCACUCUCAACGCCUUACAGUACUUCCAGUCGGCCAUUGCUCAAAAGGAUAACAUCGACCUUCUCCAGGCUCUCCGAGCUGCCCCGUACAACAUAAAUCCCAGCCCUAACAUCAAUUACAGCAGAUCAGACAUCGAGAAAGCCGUGAGCCAAAGGAUCGGAGCCCAGGCUUACAUUUCAUGCGGAUUACUCCGCAACAGCGUCCCUCUUCUUUAUGAGAUAUAUAUUUGUCUCGAUUACCAUAUGACAAACUAUAUCAACUGUCCACAAUACAAUUAUGGGAGGCAGUGCCCUGCAGACGCCACACAUCCAAAUAUCAAUUUUCCUCCGUAUUAA